ACCAAACCGUCUCAGCCGAUUCCUCCCCCGUCAUUUCUAUUUGAUCUUCUUUGUUCUUCCUCCGCCCUCUUCUUCAUCUUCUCUCCUCUCCAUCAUCAGAAUUAGCCUGUCUUCCUCGAGGCCUGGAGACCGUACUCGUUUCGUUCAUAGCAGAGCGAGCAAUGGAUUUGGGCAGGAGUGCGUCCACUUAUCGUGAAGCCGAGGAUCUCUUCAAAGACUUCAGAGGCAGAAGAGCCGGCAUGAUCAAGGCUCUUACAACUGAUUUUACCAAGUUCUACCAGCAGUGCGAUCCGGAGAAAGACAACUUAUAUCUAUAUGCAUUUGCUGAUGAGACUUGGGAAGUAAGGGAACGUCCUGAGAAAGUUCUCACAGAAUUUCCUGAACUGGUCAUAGGAAUUAACCUUGCUAGAGAUGUGACGGAAGAAAAGCGGUGGCUCGCAGAUGUUGCAUGCCACAGUGAUGCAUGGUUGCUCUCUUUUUCCUUGUACUGGAGCCUGCGCUUCGGCUUCGACAAGGAAACUAGGAGGCAGCUCUUCGUGAUGAUAAAUACUCUUCCUACUAUUAGCGAGGUUUUUCUUGGAGCUGCCAAUAACGGAGAGAAAGAAACAAUCCCUAGUAACAGCAUCAAAGAUGGGCCGAGUUCAGAGAAGGCGAGUAAGAUUGGCCCUUUGACGACAACUCGUGAUGUGUCCUUAUUUCUCAUCUAUUCAGACUUGGCAGCAUUCCAGACGGGGGCGUCAAAUAAAGGACGACGAAGACGAUGACGAGGACGAACACGAACACGAACACGAACACGAACACGAAGACGAUGACGAUGACGAUGAUGAUGACGAUGACGAUGCCGAGGACGACGGCACAUGUGGUGCAUGUUCGAAGACGCAUCGUCGGGGUGAGUUCUGGAUAUGCUGCGACGCGUGUAAGAAGUGGUACCAUGCCGAGUGCGUCAGAAUAACACCUUCCCAGGCUGAACAAAUCAAGCAGUACAAGUGCCCAAGAUGCUGCCGUAGCAAGACUCCAAGCGCCUGAUCCUGUGUCUCGAUUAGUUAGUAAUCCUUGACCUGCUUGUAUGGGGCUCCGGAUCUAUCUGAAGUUGUUCUUGGCCAACUCCUUUUAUAUGGGGGUGGAGUGUGCUCAAUUUGCAGCACAAACAAGUGAACCUUGGGCUGCCGAGGUCGAUGCGUUGGUUGAGGCUUCAGAGACACCGGAAAGACCCAUUACCUCCUUGACCAUGUUGGUCCGCUUCAUGCUUUACAUUCAUUAGAAGCAGAACAAACUUUUGACUGUGCACAGCAUGUCGGUCCUCUUCUGAAGUUGUUCUUACCUCUGCA